AUGGCCGACCUCAAAGACGUGGAGGCGCCGCAAAACCUUCACAAUGAAGAGAAGGACGCCGUCGCCUUCGAGAUGGAUGAUGUGGCAGACCAAAAGCUACAGAACGAGCGCGAAGCUGCCAUGGACUUCGAAUUGCAGCAGCUCGAAGAGCAGGUGCAUGUUCUCCCCAAGUCCCGCUUCGAGAUGACCUUGACCGACCCGGCGAAAUUCACCUGGAUCCUCGUUGCUUUUGCUUCCAUGGGUGGUAUGCUGUCUGGACUUGACCAGUCGCUCAUCAGUGGUGCAAAUUUAUACCUACCUGUCGAUCUGCACUUGACCUCAGCGGACAACAGUCUAGUCAACGCCGGCAUGCCGCUCGGUGCCGUUGCCGGUGCUCUUCUCCUUUCUCCGGCGAAUGAGUAUCUCGGUCGUCGUAUGGCGAUCAUUGUCUCUUGCAUUUUGUACACUAUUGGUGCCGCCCUGGAGGCAGGCGCCAUCAACUUUGGAAUGAUCUUCACUGGUCGAUUCAUUCUCGGCGCCGGUGUCGGUUUGGAGGGUGGUACCGUUCCUGUCUAUGUCGCGGAGUGUGUCCCCCGCAAGAUCCGUGGUAACCUCGUCUCCCUCUACCAACUGAACAUCGCCUUGGGUGAAGUCCUCGGCUACGCCGUAGCCGCAAUGUUCGUCAGCGUGGAAGGAAACUGGCGGUACAUUCUCGGCUCCUCACUCGUAUUUUCAACCAUCCUCUUCGUCGGAAUGCUCUUCCUCCCCGAAAGCCCCCGCUUCCUCAUGCACAAGGGCAAGGAGAUCGAAGCGUACGCUGUGUGGAAGAAGAUCCGCGGGUUCAACGACUUGGAAGCCAAAGAUGAAUUCCUUGGAAUGCGACAGGCCGUCACAGCCGAGAGACAGGAGCAAGCGCAGACAAAGAAGUACCCAUGGAUGGACUUCUUCACUGUGCCACGCGCACGUCGCGCAAUGGUGUACGCCAAUAUCAUGAUCUUCCUGGGACAAUUCACUGGUGUUAACGCGGUGAUGUACUACAUGUCGACUCUGAUGAAGGCAAUAGGGUACGGCGACAAGGAUGCCGUCUUCAUGUCUCUUGUCGGUGGUGGAUCGCUACUGAUCGGCGCCAUCCCGGCCGUGCUGUACAUGGAGCGGUUUGGUCGUCGGUACUGGGCUAAUGCAAUGCUCCCCGGAUUCUUCAUCGGUCUUGUUCUUGUUGGUGCAGGAUACACCAUCGACGCAGAUAAAUAUCCCUCAGCCGCACAAGGCGUAUAUCUCACUGGUAUCAUUCUGUACAUGGGUUUCUUCGGUGCAUACGCAUGUCUGACCUGGGUCGUGCCGUCAGAGGUCUUCCCGACAUACCUGCGUUCGUAUGGUAUGACGACCGCGGACGCCAACCUGUUCCUGUGCUCGUUCAUUGUCACGUACAACUUCACCCAGAUGAUGGAGUCUAUGCAGCGGAUUGGACUGACGCUUGGUUUCUAUGGUGGUAUUGCUGCCCUUGGCUGGGUGUACCAAAUCAUCUUCAUGCCGGAGACGAAGAACAAGUCGCUUGAGGAGAUUGAUGAGCUCUUUUCGCUUCCUACUGCUGUGAUUGUCAAGCGGAAUCUGAAGCAGACUGCACAGGUUAUUCGGGACUUGUUGCAUUUCCGCCUGGCAAAGGUGUUUUCUCCUGAGCCGUAUGAAAAGGGACAGUAG